GCAUGAUUGUGCAAUAAAUGGACGUGAGUACUUUGCAGAAGCAAGAAAUGUAGGCCCCAAUUUCUCACUUCUCCCAUGUAUAUAUACACACCUUGAGUAAUAGCUUUCUCCCCAAAUAUGUUAUUUUCCCAUAUUUUUCUUUUGCUUCUCAAGCUUGAAAUUAAAAAUCAUAACUGCCUCACUUGAUCACUAGCCUUCCUCCUACUAUAUAUAACUGGCCUUUAAUUUUCGUCCAACUAAUUCUAGACGACGAACUCUCCAAUCAUAUUUCAAUUUAAUACCAAAAAAGAAAAGAAAAGAAAGCUAUGUGCCACCUUAAACCAACUCCUCUUCCCUCCUAUUCCCCUACUUCUAACAAAAGCCAUAUCGUGGAUCCUCCCACAGACGAUCAAGAACUCCAUAGAUGGCCAACUGCAUCCCAGGUGAUUGAAGAAGUGAAAGCCAUAGGCAAAAUAUCCGGACCCACAACAAUCACUGGGCUGAUUCUAUUCUCAAGAAGCAUGAUCUCAAUGCUCUUCCUCGGCUACCUCGGCGACCUCGAGCUCGCGGGCGGCGCCCUCGCCAUCGGCAUCGCCAACAUCACCGGAUACGCCGUCUUAUCCGGCCUCGCCAUGGGCAUGGACCCCAUCUGCGCCCAGGCCUACGGCGCCGACCAAAUGAACCUCCUCGCUCUCACUCUCCACCGCACCAUCGCCCUCCUCCUCGCCGCCUCCCUCCCCAUCGCCGCCGUCUGGUUCAACAUCAACCACAUCCUCCUAUGGUGCAACCAAGACGCGCAGAUCUCCUCGGUUGCGCAGAAUUUCGUCGCCUUCGCCAUUCCCGACCUCUUCUUCCUCUCCUUCCUCCACCCUCUCAGGAUCUUCCUGAGGGCGCAGGGGGUCACGCUGCCGGUCAUGGCGCUCACGUUCGCCGCCAUUCUGCUGCACAUUCCCGCCAAUUUCAUGCUCGUCAAGUAUCUCGAGCUCGGCGUCGCCGGCGUCGCGCUGGCGACGGCGCUCACCGAUUUAAACCUAAUUUUGUUCCUGUGUCUAUUUGUGCGUAUAUCGGGGGUGUGCGAGAGGUCGUGGAUUUCUCCAACGGCGGAGUGCCUACGUGGAUGGUCGGCGCUGCUCAGCCUCGCCGUGCCGGCGUGCGUCUCCGUUUGUCUGGAGUGGUGGUGGUACGAGCUGAUGAUCGUGCUGUGCGGGCUGCUGGCGAACCCCAGGGCUACGAUUUCCUCAAUGGGGAUUUUGAUCCAGACGACGUCCUUCAUGUACGUCUUUCCUUCGGCUUUAAGCCUCGGCGUGGCGACGAGGGUGGGGAACGAGCUCGGGGCGGGGCGACCGGCGAGGGCACGCGUCGCCUCCAUCGCGGCGCUGCUCUGCGCCGCUGCGAUGGGCGUGGCGGCUGUGGCGUUCGCGACCGCGAUGAGGGAGAGGUGGGGGCGGUUGUUCACGGACGACGGCGAGAUCCUGAAGCUGACGGCGGCGGCGCUGCCGAUAGCGGGGCUGUGUGAGCUGGGGAACUGCCCGCAGACGGCGGCGGGAGGGGUCCUGCGGGGGAGCGCGCGGGCGGGGGUGGGGGCGAGGGUGAACCUGGGGUCGUUCUAUCUGGUGGGGAUGCCGGCGGCGUUCGUGAUGGGGUUCGGGAUGGGGAUGGGGUUUAGGGGGCUGUGGGUGGGGCUGUUGGCGGCGCAGGUGAGCUGCGCGGCGGCGAUGGUGGCGGUGCUGUGGAGGACGGAUUGGAGGGAGGAGAUGGAGAGAGGGAGGGAGGUGAGGGGAGUGAAGAAAAGGGAUGGUGUUUCUGAUGCUCAAAUUAUUUAUAGGAAUGAUGAGAUGAUGAAGCUUCAAACUCAACAUAACCCUCUCAUUCUUGUUGUGUGUUGAUAAUGAUUGCUUUUCAUUGUUUUUUCAACUUUCAUUACAUCGUCAUCCUAUUUUGUGAGCACGUGACAAUAAUAUUUUUUUUAAUAUUAUUCUUUAUAGU